AAGAGGCAUAUGCAUAAACAACGUUAGAAUUACAUUAUAUUACCCCAAACAAACACAACCCUUCUCUCUCUGCCUUUCCCUCUCUCUUUCUUUAUCCAGCAACAACAAGGCUCGUUCCAGACAAGCGCGUCAGGCCCUCCAAAACGCUCAUCAUCAUCAUCAUUCGUUUCACAAUCAGCAGCGAGAAGAACCAAACCAAACAAACAAGAAAGAAACCCAACCCCUUCUCGUGAUUCGCGUCCUUCCAACCAAUAUCUUCACCGAAUCGCCUUCAUUUAUACCAAAGGCGGCGACCAUUUAUUUCCCACUCUCACUCUGACGCCAAUUUUCUCUGUGCACUGCAUUCACCCAAUUUUUAUUUUUAAACAUAAAUAAAUAAAAAUAAAUACUCCUUCUUUUUCACCGCUUUCAAUUCAUUCCAUUUCGUUACACGCUUCCUCUCUCUCCUUUUCACUUUCACCCCCUUCUCUUCUUCUACAACCUUCCUUCCUUCGUAAAUGCUUUUCAGAACAAGUUCAGCUUUCUCAAAGAGCUUCGUGAAGGUUCAUACAUAGUUGCUUUGUUUGUUUAGUAGUACUGCUCUAUAUUCACACGCACGCGUGCUUUGUUGGGUGAGGUUGUUUUUGUUUUUGUUUACAUGGGAGGAAACGAACCAAACGGUGGUCUGCCUUGUCGUUUUCUCUGAAACUCAAGAACCUUUUUCUUUUAUGAAUAAAAUAUAGUUAUUUUUUUUGUGUGUGUGGUGGUUUUUUGGUUUGGUUUGAAGGAGAGAGAAAUAAAAAUGAAGUUUAUGAAGUUGGGUUCGAAGCCUGAUGCUCUUCAAAGUGAUGAAAAAUCUAUCAGGUAUAUAUCAUCUGAAUUGGUUACAGAUAUUAUCAUAACUGUUGGUGAAGUUAAGUUUCACCUGCACAAGUUCCCUCUACUGUCCAAGAGUAAUCGUUUACAAAAGUUGCUGUCAAAGGCUAAUGAAGAGAAUGCUGAUGAAAUUCAAUUGGAUGAUUUUCCUGGUGGUCCCAAGGCUUUUGAAAUAUGUGCAAAGUUCUGCUAUGGAAUGACUGUUACUCUUAAUGCUUACAAUGUUGUGGCUGCUCGUUGUGCCGCUGAGUACCUUGAGAUGACUGAGGAUAUUGAUAGAGGGAACUUAAUUUUCAAAAUUGAGGUGUUUCUUACCUCAAGUAUCUUUCGCAGCUGGAAGGAUUCUAUAAUUGUUCUCCAAACUACUAAAUCUCUUUUGCCAUGGUCUGAGGACUUAAAGAUUGUUGGGAGAUGUAUCGAUUCCAUAGCUUCUAAAACUUCUGUGGAUCCAGCAAACAUCACUUGGUCUUACACUUAUAACCGUAAGUUAUCAGAGCUUGAUAAAAUUGUUGAGGACAAGAUAACACCACAAGAGAAAAUUGAGCCUGUUCCUAAGGAAUGGUGGGUUGAAGAUAUAUGUGAACUGGACAUUGAUCUUUAUAAACGGGUAAUGAUUACUGUCAAGUCAAAGGGAAGAAUGGACGGAGUUGUGAUCGGCGAGGCACUAAAAAUCUAUGCUGUAAGAUGGUUGCCUGAUUCUGUUGAUGCAUUGGUUUCGGAUGCCCAUGCCUGGAGGAACAAAUCUCUGGUAGAAACAAUUGUCUGUUUAUUGCCGUGCGAUAAUGGCGUGGGUUGUUCAUGUAGUUUCUUGCUGAAGCUAUUGAAAGUGGCCAUAUUGGUUGAAGCUGAUGAGUCUUCAAGGGGACAAUUGAUGAAGAGCAUUGGCCUAAAAUUUCAUGAAGCUUCUGUCAAAGAUUUACUAAUUCCAGCAAGGUUUCCCCAGAAUACCAAAUAUGAUGUUGAUUUGGUGCAAGAUCUUUUGAAUAUAUACAAGACUAACAUAAAGGGAAGCUGUGAUGUGGAGGUUGAGGAGAAGAAAGAUAAAGCAAAUGAUGAGUCUAUUUUAGGACAGAUGUCUUUAUUGAAUGUUGGCAAGUUGGUAGAUGGGUAUCUUGGAGAAAUUGCGCAUGAUCCAAAUCUCAGCCUCUCUAGUUUUGUUGAUCUGUCACAGUCAAUUCCAGAGUUUGCUAGACCAAAUCAUGAUGGCCUGUACAGAGCUAUAGACAUCUACUUGAAGGAGCACCCAAGUUUGACAAAAGCUGAAAGGAAAAAGAUAUGUGGACUAAUGGAUGUCAAGAAAUUGACAGUGGAAGCAUCAAUGCAUGCUGCACAGAACGAACGCCUUCCUCUUCGAGUUGUGGUCCAGGUUCUCUAUUUUGAGCAGGUCAGAGCUGCUUCCAAUGCUCGCACACUUGGUAACAGUCCACGCAAUUCUACAAACACUCAUGUCAACGGAGACAAAGAGUGUGAGAAAUCGAGGGGAGAAAGCUGCCAAUCCCUCAACAACCAAAUGUGUCACAUGAAGGUUAGAGACAAAGAGUUCCACAAGAAUGGAAAAUUGAACAAGAGUAGCAAGAACAGCAGAAGUGGCAUGCAGUUGUUGCCAUCUGGGUCAAGGAGAAUUUUUGACAAGUUAUGGAUUGUGGGGAAAGGACAAGGAGAAAAUAGGAGCUCAGAGACUUCAGGGAGUUCCAAUAGCCCUACUUCUGUAGUCCCUGGAGAUACCAAAUCAUCUGGUUCAUCAUUGCGACACAGGAGGCUUUCCAUCUCUUAGGGAAUUUUCGUAAUUUAAACAGGCGAAGGAGAGUUAAAUUGCUGUGAAGUGUAAAAAGUGUUAGGAUGUUAAAUCUUUUGUGUUAUUAAUGCAUGCACAGAAUCAGGAAAAAGGUCUCACUAUUAGAAUUGCAAACAAAAUGUAAUGACAUUAUAUUGUGUCUUAAUCCGUGUAUCAUUUGGCCAGUGUAUUAUUGUCUUCAAUCCUUAGAAGUCUUUCAUUGGGGUUAGGGAUCUUUAGGUUUUAUUCAGUACUACCCUUUUGUAUAGAAUCACCAUCCUUAAUUACAGGUGCUGAUUUGUGGAUUUC